AUGCAACUGAACAAGCUGAUGCUGGGCUUUAUGCUCUGCGCGUCCGCUCUAGCGGACGACGGUCAGCAAGCUGCGGAGCCACAUACGUCUGCCAACUUCUGCAAAAUAGACAAAGAUCAACAAGUGGGAUCGACAUGUGAUAUCACAUUCCAUGAGCUUAACGAAAUCAAUGAGCAAAUCCGGCCGCAGCUGGCAAGGCUGGUGAAGACCGACUUUUUCCGGUACUUCAAGCUGGACCUGUAUAAAGAAUGCCCAUUCUGGAGCGAUAACAACGGCUACUGCGUGAACCGGGCGUGCGCGGUGGACGUGGUGGACGAUUGGGAGAGCGUGCCCGAUAUAUGGCAACCCGAGGUGCUGGGGGGGCUAGAUGAGGACAGUGUGAAGAGCGAGGGCGGGGAGAGCGAUGAGUGUUCGUUCCUGAACGAGCUGUGUGGACGGCGGCGCGAGUUUGCUCGCCCGGAGCCGUUGAGUAUCGACUACUGCGACGUGACCGAUUUCACGAACAAGGACUCGGUGCUGGUGGACCUGGUGGCGAACCCGGAACGGUUCACGGGGUACGGCGGCGAACAGUCGGCGCAGAUAUGGUCUGCCAUCUACAAGGAGAAUUGCUUCACACUCGGUGAGCAAGGUUUCUGUCUGGCGAAGGACGUGUUCUAUCGCCUGAUUUCUGGCCUGCACGCAUCGAUUGCGACGCACCUCUCCAACGACUACCUCGACACCAAAACGGGGAAGUGGGGCCCCAACCUGGAACUGUUUAUGGCGCGCGUCGGGAACCACCCCGACCGCGUGGCUAACAUCUACUUCAACUUUGCUGUCGUUGCCAAGGCGCUGUGGAAGAUUCAGCCUUACCUGGAGCGGGUCGAGUUCUGUAAUGUUUACGACACGAACGUCAAAGACAUGAUCUCGAACGUCGUCUCGCGGCUGGACAGCAGGGUGUUCAAUGAAGAUUUGCUCUUCCAGGAUGACAUUAGCAUGCGGAUGAAAGACGACUUCCGCAGACGGUUCAAGAAUGUUACCAAGAUCAUGGACUGCGUGCACUGUGACCGUUGUCGUAUGUGGGGCAAAGUGCAGACCACGGGCUAUGCCACCAGCUUGAAGAUCCUUUUCGAGAUGGACGCGGGAGACGAGAAGGCGCGCCAGCGCGUGGUAGACAAGUUGACGAAGUAUGAGCUCAUCGGGCUGUUCAACACGUUUGACCGUAUCUCCAAGUCCGUAAACGCGAUCAACAACUUCGAGCGCAUGUACCACAGUCAGAUGGAAACUAACACCAGCAGCAUUGCGGCUUUCUUCCAAAACAACUUCUUCCGGCUCGGGUUCACUGAAACAGAGGAUCAGGAGACUAGCAAUGCAACGGCGGAUAUGCCGCUACCCGAGGACAGCGCCUCGGACAACGAACCUUACUUCGCGGAUCUCAAGAUUCCCGCCCGCCGCUCUAAGAAACAAACCAAGGAAGAAUCCACGAGCGCUCUGCAACAAGAACUGCAGGGUGUCUAUCACGCGCUCCAGUUCAUCUGGAACAGCUAUGUGAACCUGCCACGGAAUCUGCUGAUACUUGUUCUCGACGUUGCCAACACGUGGUUUAACAACUUCAUCGGUGUCCCUACACAAAUAAAUAUCCUAGGAGAUGACGCAUCCGACUAG